UUUUUGCCUCGUAUUUGAGCUUUCUCUUCACUGUAUUUAUGCUCACCCCUCUCUCGAUUUCGUUACUUUCUCACUGACUCACAUAACUCGGACAAUUCCGAACUACUUAGACAUGGCGAUUAUCUCAGAUUAUACGGAAGAAGAGAAGAUGCCGGAGGUCAAGAAAGCUUCAGCUUCUGGGUCCACGUCGUCCUCUUCUAAGACGACGCCGUUUAGUGCGACAUUUGAUGCUUCUAAUCCGUUAGGGUUUCUCGAGAAGGUGUUUGAGUUCGUGGCGAAUGAGAGCGACUUUCUGGCCAACGAAGCGGUGGAGAAUCAGAUCACGGCGGUGGUGCGAGCGGCCAAGGAGAAGAGGAAGAAGCCAGUGGAGGAUAUCCAACCCAAGAAAGCUAAGAAGGGGAAGGAAGGGGAUCAGGAUUUGGAGAACUUGCCGACGAUUGACGUCAAGAAAGCUCCGCCUCCGGAGCCGAAGCUCGAUGCUAAUGGAAAUCAAUCUAGAGGUCCAAAUAAAGGAAAUGGACUUGAUCUGGAUAAUUACUCUUGGACGCAGACCCUGCAAGAGUUGUCUAUUAUUGUUCCAGUUCCUAAUGGAACCAAAUCAAGGUUUGUUGUGUGUGAGAUAAAGAAGAACCAUCUAAAAGUUGGACUCAAGGGUCAGCCUCCUAUUAUUGAUGGGGAACUUAGUCAGAAUGUCAAGCCUGAUGAUUGUUAUUGGAGCAUAGAGGAUCAGAACUCCAUCUCUAUUCUUUUGACCAAGCAGAACCAGAUGGAAUGGUGGAAAUCGUUGCUGAAAGGAGAUCCUGAAAUUGAUACUCAGAAAGUUGAACCUGAGAACAGUAAAUUAUCUGACCUAGAUCCAGAAACUAGGAAGACAGUUGAAAAGAUGAUGUUUGAUCAAAGGCAGAAGUCCAUGGGUCUCCCAACUAGCGACGAGAUGCAGAAACAGGAGAUUCUUAAGAAGUUUAUGGCUGAGCAUCCGGAGAUGGACUUCUCAAGGGCUAAGAUCUCAUAAAUACAGCAUCGGGGAUUAAUUAAAUAUUAUGAUGAUUCUAUGGUAGCUACCAUUAAAGUUUAUUGUGGAUUUUAAGUUUUGCAGGUUUAUAUAGGUUUAAGCGUUUGUUUAUUAUCUUGGCGACAUAAUCUUAGACAAAUGUUUAUUUUUAGGCCUCGUGUACUUUGUUGGAUUUUCUCUUCUUCGCUGUUUUCCUUCUGGAUUUGUAUCCUUAUGAAUCAAUAGUGCUAGUGAGAAUCGUAUUAUCUUGAAAAAAUGUAAAAAUGUUCCUGUUAGAAUUAGAAUUCUAAUGAGCUUUCUUCUGGUAUCAA